UUCGAACAUGUAGAUGAAGCUGUAAGACUUCCGUAUAUUGGAGGGGCAAAAGGUCAAGUACUUGAAAUCCGUCAACGACCAGACGGUUCUAUUUUCAGCCGAAUUCUAACGGAAGAAGAAACUAAAAAUGAAGUGAAAAAGGAAGAACAUGAGACAGCAAACAAUAUAAAAACUCAAAAAGAACCAGAACCGACAUUUGAAGACAGUUUAAUGUCAAUUCAAAAUGCUGCAGCUGAACUUGUAAGUCUCCAACAAUCAUACAAGGAGAAUGGAAAAUUAACUGAGGGUCAGAAACAAAAAUAUGCUGAAAAUCUUGAAAAACUUGGAGUAUCUGCACAAAAACUUGCACAUGUUCAAGAUGAUAACGAUUACAAAAUUUUACUUGAAGAUCCACUAGGCGAUCGCAUCAAGGGAUCGAAAAAGAAGCCUGAAAACAUUAGAUUUCCACCUUUUGGGAAAAAACCGAUGGUUGUGGAUCCUCCACCAAAAAAAGAAGAAUGUGGUGAUGAAGAAACUGUCAUUGAAGAAGGUGAACCAACAAGUACAACAGCUUCAGAAACCACUUCAACGUCUUCAACAUCUUCGACAACAGCAAAACCGGUUGUAGUAAGCUCCGAGAAUGAAGUUAUUGCAGUUUCAAGUGCCGAUGACGAUGAAGACAAUUCUUCAGUUGCUGAAGCUAAACCAGUUGGUUUGGCGAUCGCUGGAGAAGGUGGUGUAGCAUCGUCAAAACCUGUAGGGACUGCUGUGGUUGGACCCGGUGGUCUUGCCGUUGCUCGGCCUAUGGCAACUGCAAUCGCUGAAAGAAUUCCAACAUCUGACAAUGAACGUCCGGAAAUUUAUGAUGUUUACGAAGGUAAUCGUGGGGGUUCUCAGCAAUCCGAUUCAGAACUUGGAAAAGAAAACUCAAAACAGAAUGGCAGUGAUGAUCGAGAAGUGGAUCCAAUUGAAAACCCUCCAAAUCCAUAUGGAAUUGAUAUUGGAAAAUAUCCAAUCUUUCAACCUUCAUAUGAAGGAGCUAUAAGUUAUAUUCCAAAUCCCUUUUUGCCACCUUUUAAUUUCAAUUUCCCACCUCCACUAUAUAAUCGCUUUUUACAACGAAGAACUCAAAAUGCAAACUUAAGAUACCCACAAAGCUUUCCCCAAUAUGCUGAUGCCUACAACAGAUACAAUUUAAAUGCAAAUCCUUCUGCUUUCUCACCUUUUAACCGCUAUUUCUUUAUUCAAAUCGAUGUGAAAGAAUUUUUGUUUUAUGUGUUGAUGUUAAUCAAUCAAACUAACAAGAAAAUGUUACGAAAAGGAAUCAGUAAAUUGAAAGUUCGAAGUAAUUUUUCAAAAUGUAUGUACAGUUCUUUUGUACCUAAUGAGCCAGAAGCUCCCUCUGUUUGUGGCACAAUACCUGGAACAAGAUCCCAAAAUCUUUUAAAAUGUUUAAAUCAACUGCAACAAGCCAACUCUGUUCAACUUUUCGCAGAUUAUAACAAGAGCAUCGGAAAUUAUUUAGUUGAUGUUGAUUGCAACAAAUUGUUGGAUAUUUACACUCAAAUAUCAAGUACAAUGAUGUGUGGUUCAUGCUCAAACGAAAAUGCUUUCAAAAGUAUGUUCAUCUGGUAUAACAAGAAACGACGUGGUGAACAUUGUGAUUUCACAGCUAAAGAGAAAGAAACCAGUGUCAUCAACUUACCACCUGGCUGCCCCAAUUUAUCAAUUCUUUCUUUCCACGGAGGUUUCCAUGGUCGUACAAUGGGCGCACUUUCAACAACUCACUCAAAAUACAUUCAUAAGAUUGACAUUCCUGCAUUUGAUUGGCCAAUCGCACAUUUUCCUGCUUACAAAUAUCCACUGGAGUCUCAUGUUUGUGAAAACAAGCAAGAAGACAAACGAUGUCUUGCUGAAGUUGAAGGUUUGAUUCAUAAAUAUAAAAAGUGUGGUAAAGACGUCGCUGGCAUAAUCGUUGAGCCAAUUCAAUCUGAAGGAGGUGACAACGAAGCAUCGCCCGAAUUCUUUCAAGAACUUCAGACAAUUUGUAAGAAAAAUGACAUUGCGUUCUGCAUAGAUGAAGUGCAGACUGGUGGAGGACCGACGGGGAAAUUUUGGGCACAUGAAUGGUUCAAUCUUCCUCAAUCACCAGAUAUUGUCACAUUUUCAAAGAAGAUGCAGCUCGGGGGAUUCUUUCAUAGUCGAGAAUUCUACCCACAACAAGAAUAUCGAAUCUUCAACACAUGGUGUGGUGAUCCUGGUAAAUUGUUGAUUCUCGAAGCUAUUCUCAACGUUAUAAAACGAGAUAAACUUCUUGACAAUGUCAACAAAACCGGCGCAUUUUUAAAAGGAGGCUUGCACUACAUAGAAAAAGAAUUUCCAAAUAUUUUAAAUUCAACACGUGGACGUGGAACAUUUUUGGCAAUCAAUGCUUGCAAUGAAAAGACACGAAAUUAUAUUAUUUGCAGUCUAAAGCAAAAAGGGAUACAAGCUGGUGGUUGUGGAACACUUUCCAUUCGUUUUCGACCGGCUUUAAUUUUCGAAGAGAAACAUGUCAACAUUUUCCUUGAAAAAUUCCGACAAGUUCUUAAAGAACUUUAAAUUUAUUAUUUCUUUUUGGAAUUUCGUAUGUUGUAGAAAAUAAAUUAUUAAUUUAGUUAAUGAUUUC